GCUGAGGCGGCGGCUCCCCCGCAGGCAGCACGCCGCUGGGCUGCUACAGGAAGCUGGUGGAGUACUGCCGGAACGGGGACCUCUCCUUCAAGUACGUGAAAACCUUCAACAUGGACGAGUACGUGGGUCUCCCGAGGGAUCACCCGGAAAGUUACCAUUCCUUCAUGUGGAAUAACUUCUUUAAGCAUAUCGACAUCUCGGCAGAAAACGUUCACAUUUUGGAUGGAAACGCACCUGAUCUACAGGCAGAGUGUGACGCAUUUGAGGAUAAAAUCAAAGCAGCUGGAGGAAUUGAACUCUUUGUUGGAGGUAUUGGCCCGGACGGUCACAUUGCCUUCAACGAGCCCGGGUCGAGUUUGGUAUCCAGGACGCGCGUGAAGACCUUGGCUACGGACACUAUACUGGCUAAUGCCAGGUUCUUUGACGGUGACCUCUCCAGAGUCCCCACAAUGGCAUUGACGGUCGGAGUAGGCACUGUCAUGGAUGCCAGAGAGGUGAUGAUUCUUAUCACAGGAGCCCACAAAGCCUUUGCUUUGUACAAAGCUAUCGAGGAGGGUGUCAACCACAUGUGGACAAUAUCCGCUUUCCAGCAACACCCCAACACUGUGUUUGUGUGCGAUGAGGAUGCCACGCUGGAACUCAGGGUUAAGACGGUGAAAUACUUUAAAGGUUUAAUGCUGGUUCACAACAAGCUUGUGGAACCCUUAUACAGCAUGAAGGAGACGGGAGCAGACAGAAGCCAGUCUGAGAAGCCAUACAGCGAUUAAUCUCGCUGCUCAUAGUGCUGAACCAGCCUUUCUGUUGAAAACCAGCUGUGAAGAAAGGGAAUUGCUGCAGAAACUCAGAUUUGUUCUUAAAUUAGCAAAAUGAUUAUGUGCUUGCUUCCUUCCAUUAAAAAGACAGAUGCCAAACACCUGCCUUAAUUAACCAAAUGAGGAUGGGAUCCAGUGUGCUGUGUUCCACAAAAUUCUGCCACUAACUUGUUCUCUGAAGGUAAAGUCAAUGGAGAAUGAGUUGUUUAACCUAUGAAACGACUGUAAUCACAUGGACUAAAGGCCCCAAAGCUGAAAUGGGAAGCUGCGUGAAAGUACAAUGUUGUAGAAACCAAGGGGGUAAUCCCUUUGGGGUGUAUUCCCUGCAGUUAGGACAAGUAUCUCUUGUGUUGCUCCCUCUCCACAAUACACUCUAACGUUAGAGUCAUUUAAAAUGGGAAUGGGGCUUGUUCAGCCUGGGGCAGGGAAAGCUUCAGCGUGAGCCAGUAGUAAGGCGCUGUGCAGCUGCAAGGCGGUCAGAGAGAAGAUCAAGCCAGGCUCAACCGGGCAGGGCACGGGCAAGGCAGAGAAGAGACCAUGGAGCUCGAGUUGGGACCAGGUACUUAGACUGGAUAUACGGGGAAAAAAAACUACCCCCGAGGACAGUCAACCUGUGGGGCAGGUUCCCCGGAGAGGUGCAGACUCCAUCCUUCAGAGUUUUUCAAGGCCUGACUGGAUAAAGCCCUGGCUGAACCUGCCUUUGAGCUGGACGUUGGACUUGAGCCCAGCUCGGCAAAAGAGAGACCGCCGGCACCACUUGCCAGCACUGUGUUAAUAACGAGGUUUAUGCAUCUGUAGGAUUUUAUUUGUUGUCACACAAGAAGCCUGACAUGUUCGUUUUCAUUGUAUAAUUUUAUAUGCCCUGGUGCUUUACGAUGUACGCCAAGAGCGCAGAUUUGCUGGGAUUAAGCAUAAAUGACUCCUCUGCACUGCUUGGCCCUCUGUUACUUGUGUCAGCCUGCAGCAGUAAGUUCUCUCUCCCUCCUUCCUGUCCUUUCCCUUGCUACAAGGGGAUGCCACAUAAGCCCCAGAGGAGACACUCCAGUCCCUCUGGCCCCAGCCUAUGUUUAAUUACAGAACAGCAAAUGAUCCGGAAAGGAAUUUCUAUGGAUGGAUUCAGGGCUUGCAUAAAAACAGGGUAACAAUUCAAACCUAAAAGAGUUUUAAAAUUCUAAGGAAAAGUGACCAAACCACCCCCUCUCCCUUAAAUCCUUUUGCUAUUUUCAUUUUUGCCUUGGCUUAGAGCUCAAAUACUCUGGGAAUCCUUAUGCCAGGACUGCAGCAUCUGAGAAAGCUGAGGCCGAAAGAGGUCUGAGCUACCGCGCUCAGCAGUCAGUUCAUUGCUGGUCUCACCAGUCCCAAGUAACUCCAGCAACAAACGGACCCCGCUGCGAAAGGAGCCUCUGAGCAAACCCCCUGUGGCGGCACAAGGGAGACACCAAGAACCGUUCCCAUAAAGCCACGUUCCACCCGACAGCCUAAACUAAAGGCCUGUUCUAAAAAACUGCUGUGGCUUAUUCCAUGGCUGCCACACCAAGCAAAAGGCCCGGGCUGUCCAAAACUGCCAAAACCUGUUUUUCAAAGAUCAGAUUUAGAGACAGAGAACAGUCACUAGAUGUGGAGAACAGUGAGGCCGUUCCUGCACAGACACCCCGUACGUAAAACUCACACCAGGAUCAGCAGGAGAGUUACAGCCGGGUUCUAGCUGGUCCUGAAACCACUUUGCUAACAAAGACAGCAGCAAAUUCCCAGGCAAAUGUUACUGCAAAGUGAAGUAGAAAUAAUGGCAAGAGAGUUCUUGGCUCAAAUUAGCACUUGGGGCAGGGGGGAAGGUUUGUUUCCUGGAUUUUGUUUGGUUUUGAACAGCUGCCUGUACUGGCAAGACCCCACCCAUUCUGAAACUUGAUUCCUGGGUUUCCUAUCAAAUGCUAUCACACGAGGGCAAGGCAAACUGGGGAGCAUUCCUUUUCUUUAUGCAGAAACUUUGGAUGCUGUUGAUCUGUAAUGUAACUUUCUCAGGUAAAUGUCCUGAUUUUUUUCUAAGUGAAUACAGUGACUGUAUCUGGUGCUCAGUCUCGCUGUGCCAGUGAAGCAUGGGACAGUUUAUGUGACUGAACAGGUUUGAACAGAACAAAACCUUUGAAGCAUGAGAAAGACUUGUUAUUUUGCACAAGAUUUCUCUAUCAACCUAGAACCAAAGCUCUAGUGAAAGCAGUUUGGUAGAAAUAGCCACUGCUGCUCCCUACUGCAGGAGCUCCCCCCUUGCCCAGUGUUUGCUGGCAGGUUUCCACCAAACACCUGCUGCAGUUCUGUCCUGCCAGGCAGCAGCAAAAGGGGGGAAUCUUUCAAGGAGAGAAGAGGUCAGAGUUCUCCACCUUUUACCACAGAAUGUCUGCAAAUAAUCCAUUGCUCAUUCUGUGCACGCACAGAAGCGGAGAAGGGGCCACAAGAGGAAAACGUAGACACUGAGGAUGAAACUGCGCCGCGUUACCAGAGUCGCUGCCUUGCUCUCUCUGCGUGGAGGCAUGUCCUGCUGUUCUCUGUCCCACGAGUGCAGUCACCUGCUUGUCCUCUCCUCGGAGGGUCUGUCCUCCCGCACCGUGCUGCAGAGUGUGGGAGCUCCAGCCCAGGGGUCCACGGGAGCCCCAAAUUCAUGGACACAGUGGUGACGACGUCCUCGUUCCUCCUCCCUCCGCACAAAGUUCUUGGGAGCGGAGGUGGUUCACUGCAACACCUUCAGCUGCUGCACACAGCGCUCUGCUCGGGUAGCUCUGGCAGACAGCCCUUCUCAUCCCAACACACCCUUUGUGGAAACUCCUGUGGGGGGGAAAUGCAGCUCGGCGCUGGCUCCGUCCAACGCAGCGAUCCCCGAGCGGUGGCGCAACACCACCACGUACCAGGGGCUUGUAUCUCCGCGAGAAAGCCGGGGCUCCUCGGGUGCGAGGACACGCUGUGUAUGGAACCAUCCAGCCUUUUAUCAGCUGAACAGAUCCUGUGCCAGCUUCACCUGGGAGCCUGGUGCCAGCCCGGCUCUGCUCUGUGCCGCUCUACAGACAACCCCGCAACACCCAGAACAGAGCUCGGUCCCAUACGCUGACCUGUGCUGCCACGUACACACCAGAAUGAACACAAGCAGGGAGACAACUCUGUUUACUGUCUUAAAGUGAAUUUAGUGCAUGUGAAAGGUGCAGGAAAUACAAUUUAAACCAUAAACAAUGUAAACUUUCCCUACACACUACCCUAUACUCUAAACCAAGACACGAGAUCCACCCUUAACCUCUCUUAUCUGUUUAAUCGCUGCCAACUCUAAUAAUAGAGACUUCCAUCCCCGGGGAAAGUAACUAAAUCAGCACUCAUUCUGGCCAGAUACCCAAGUAUAAAUUUAUUUACUAACAGCUGAAACUGAGAGGUGUUCACCUUGAGUUUCUGAAGUGUCUUCCAGCUCCUGAGCUAUCCAUCCAGUCCCUGCUAAUUGUUUUGAACACAGCACAUGCAGUUUUAAUUUCAAAAUAAAUUUUAGACCAUUCUGCAAGUGGAAAAACUUCUAAAAAAUUAAUGGUUCCCUCCAGUAAUAACUUUCACGCUCGCAAAACUACUUACUGAGCUUUUAGGGGGAACAAUUUGGUUUUGAAAUAAUUUGAAGUGCAGGGACAGUAGAAACAAGGUAUCUAGUCCAGAAGCAAAACUAUCAACUAAUCAAAUGUUAGUAAAAAAUAAAUUACUUCAUCAUCUGAGAAAACAAGUUAAUUUUCGGUUAUGUUGAAGAAUUCAAGUUAAUCUCAACUAUUGUAUCCACAACAAUUUGUUUCAACAGCUGACUGAUACU